AAGCAUUUGAGGGCUAGCCGCCUGGCUUUUUGGUCGACGGUACUAGACUCAAUAUCUCCGACGUCGCUCUAGGAAUCCUGUGUUGCUUUUUCUUCAAAAGCAGCACGGCUCUUCCUAGUGUUUAAAAGGCCUGAGCAUUCAGGCUUUUACUACCAACUAGUCUUUCAAUCUGGACAGAUAAUUCCAUUUGCUACUGUUCCCCCAUAAAUGCAGUAGAUAGUUAGGAAAGAACACUUAUUAGCUCAAAAUGACAUCGUACGCUAACGUACGGUGGGGCUUUCUGCUCAUAUGUAUGAUUGGAAAAAUAUCAGCACAACAAGGGAUUAACUACGCUCGAAAUGGAUUACCACCACCACCGACACCAGCACCUGGAGCGGACUGUUUUCUUGGCGGCAAACGUAUCCCUCACCAAAUGCCGUUUGUUCAGUGCCUAACACUUGACUCUUGCAUCUGUGUUAAUGGAGAAUUGCUCUGUAAUAAGAUCGAGUGUCCUGCUCAAACUGAAUGCCCGCUCGGACAGGAACUGGUCGUGUCGCCUGAAUCAACGAUACCAUGUUGUCCUGAGUGCCAAGAGGUUAUUGGCAAAAAGGAGAUGAGCAAAAUGCAACUUGAACAUCAAGAACUUGGGAAACUUGCUGUUCGUUCUGAUGAGAAAGCAGGCCCAGCUAUGGCGGGUAUUCCAAUGACACAGGGAGUUCCAGGACCACGCGGACCACAGGGAUCAAUGGGCCCAGCUGGACCACAAGGAUUUAUGGGGAUGAGGGGAGAACCAGGAGAGACUGGACCACCAGGACAACCAGGACAGCGAGGAUUCCCAGGCCCAUCCGGUCCACCAGGAGCUGAUGGUGAUGAAGGAUUGCCAGGCGAACAAGGACCAUCUGGACCGAUCGGCUCUCCAGGAAACCCAGGACGUCCGGGUAUGCCUGGCUUGCCAGGACCUAAGGGCCACAGGGGAUUUCCCGGAAGCACUGGAAAAGAAGGACCAAUAGGAGCACAGGGACCAAAGGGACCCUCUGGGCUUUCUGGUCCACCUGGGGCACCAGGACCAAUGGGACCUACUGGAGCAACGGGAGAACGUGGAAGGGACGGAUCGCCAGGACCAAUGGGACUCCGGGGUAUGGAUGGAAAUCCAGGAGAGACUGGAUCCCAGGGACCAACAGGAAAUCCAGGACCCCCAGGUUUCUCUGGCAGCCCAGGAGCAAAGGGUGAUUCUGGACAAGCUGGUCAGCGUGGACCUAUGGGUCUCUCAGGACCACCGGGUGAGAAUGGAAUCUCUGGACCACCCGGUACACCAGGAGAGGCUGGUCAACCAGGACGUGAUGGCGCUAGUGGUUCUAAGGGAGAACAGGGUCUGCAAGGUGCUCCAGGUUCUCCAGGAUUCCCAGGACCCCAAGGACCACCGGGAGAGUCUGGCGAGUCAGGAGCAAUGGGAAUGAAGGGUGAACCGGGAAACAAUGGUGCCGACGGUCGGGAAGGAAGCCCGGGACGACAAGGUCUGCCUGGCGCUCAGGGAGAACGUGGCCUGCCGGGAUUGGCUGGAAAUCCAGGAACACGUGGACCACAAGGAUUACCUGGACCGAUGGGAGCAUCAGGAAUAUCUGGAGACAGGGGGCCUCAAGGUCUGCAGGGAAUGCCAGGAGCAAUGGGACCUCCAGGUCAACAAGGCAAUGACGGCGAGAGGGGAGCAACUGGAGAGUCUGGUGAACCCGGAGAGAACGGACAGCAAGGAGCGGCAGGAUUACCAGGGUCACCAGGACCACGAGGACAACCAGGAAUUAGUGGAAACAAUGGACGACAAGGACCAACUGGAGUAGCUGGAAUCCCAGGGGAAACUGGAAAGGCUGGAGAGCAAGGACCUACCGGACCAGCAGGCGUACCCGGUCUGCCAGGGCAAUCUGGACCAAAAGGAGAUGACGGUACCGCUGGAAGGCCUGGAGACACGGGACCAGCUGGGCGACCCGGACCACGUGGUGAGAGGGGACCUUCAGGAGAGGGUGGACCUCAGGGACCACCAGGGAGCGUAGGACCACAAGGUGAGCGUGGGGAGACUGGACAGAUUGGAGAACCAGGAUUCCAGGGAAUAACUGGACAAGCCGGUGCUCCGGGAGAGUCUGGAAGACCUGGAGAAUCAGGAAUCAUGGGAGAGCCAGGAGUUCCCGGAGAGGCUGGAGGAAGAGGUGACCGAGGAUUCCCCGGAGAGCCCGGACCCGUUGGACCGACUGGUGCACCUGGAGAAAGGGGAGGCGAAGGACCUUCUGGAGAAGUCGGACAAUCCGGACCCCCGGGACCACCAGGAACACGCGGUGAUAGUGGAUCACCCGGACUCGUAGGUCUUCCAGGAGAGGCCGGACCACCAGGAUUACGAGGAAGUCAAGGUUUCACUGGAGAGCCAGGCGAAUCUGGAGCCCCAGGUCUGCAGGGUGUGCCAGGAGAACAGGGAGCACCAGGAACACCGGGACUUGUCGGACCUGCCAGUUUUACUUCACCAGAGAAGGGAGACCGUGGGCCACCUGGAGAGGCCGGAGCAUCAGGAGAACCUGGAGAGGGAGGAUCAAGAGGUUACGCUGGACCACCAGGUGCAUUAGGACCAAUGGGACCACCGGGACCAGCCGGCGAAAGCGGACCUGAGGGAGACGAAGGCAAAUCUGGACCAAGGGGUGACCCAGGACCAAGAGGAUACCCAGGGGAACCUGGAGCUGCCGGCGCUCCUGGCCAAGAUGGACUUAACGGUUCACCAGGUUCUGCUGGAGAGACUGGUGCUAUGGGACUUUCAGGUUCCCCAGGUGCCCCAGGCAGGCCAGGACCAGGAGGUUUACCAGGCGAGAAGGGAAAUACCGGAAUGGCUGGACCAGCCGGUAGGGCAGGAGAGCAGGGAGAUCAUGGAGAAAUUGGACCACCAGGACCUCCUGGAUCAACUGGUGCUGCGGGAUUCCCGGGAACUGAUGGUGCCCCUGGUGACAGGGGAAGCGAUGGACAGAUUGGAGCACAAGGCCCUGUCGGCGCCGUUGGACCCCAGGGAGAGAGAGGUGGACCAGGAUUCCCUGGAAUGCCGGGAGAGAUUGGACCUGUUGGAGAAGCGGGACCACAAGGUCCGACAGGAAACCCCGGAAAAGAUGGACUGGACGGUAUCCCUGGACCUCCAGGAUCACCAGGACCCAUGGGAGGCGCCGGAUACCCUGGACUGCCUGGAGAGACUGGAUCACCUGGCAUGGAUGGCAACAUGGGACCCCCAGGCCUGACAGGAUCAAAGGGAGACAGAGGACCGAUGGGCACGAACGGACUCCAGGGACCCCCUGGACCACAGGGACCUAUGGGAUCGGUCGGUUCACCUGGAGAUCAAGGUGAACGAGGAGAGAGGGGAGCAUCAGGAGAGAGCGGCCCAGUCGGAGCACCAGGACAACCUGGAGAACAGGGACCUGCGGGACCACAAGGUGACAAGGGCGACUCUGGAGCCCCAGGAUUAAGAGGAGAUAAGGGAUGGCCAGGUUUGCCUGGUGGGCAAGGAUUACCAGGACCACAAGGAAAUGCUGGUGAGAUGGGACAUUCUGGACCCCCAGGACCCCCGGGACAACCCGGAGUACAAGGACCACGAGGACAGAGUGGCCGUGAUGGCGAGCCAGGACCCCAGGGAUUACCAGGACAACAGGGACCCCGAGGACCAGCCGGAAAUGAUGGUGACAGUGGACCACAAGGACCACAAGGACCAAGGGGAUCUCCAGGACCACCAGCAUAUGGUCAAAUGUGUUCCGGAGGAGCAGCAGCGCCAGUGAAGGCAGGAAGCUACAUGUAUGAUGAAGCUCUUAGGGAACUUCCAUCCACAUUCCUGAGUGGCUUACAAGAUUCCAUCUCCCGUCUUUACGUUCCUGACGGAACAAAGAAAGCACCGGCUAGGGAUUGCGCCCACCUGUACGACGCCCAGACGACUGAUGAGGCUAAAGCACAACUCAAAAACGGAUAUUAUAUGAUUGAUCCUGACGGCAUGGAGAUUAACAACGCUAUCAGGGCAUACUGUAGGUUUGCUAGGAGAGAAACUUGCUUAAAACCAGGACAAGAUGAGUUAACAUGGGACUCCGUUGAAUCAUUUAUUGGAAGCACAAAAGAAUUCUAUUACAAAGCCACAAAGAAACAAAUCAGGAAUUUACAAGACGCCAGCGACAGCUCAAGACAAACUUUAGUAUAUAAAUGUAGAAAUCACGACAUCAGCCUCAGCACAACCUCAUUCGAGACCUUCCUCGGCUGCAAUGUCAUGGCCAACAAGCGUGACGGUGUGAAGCCUCGUUAUGUUGACGUCAGGGUACUUGAGGAUAACUGCAAUAUGUCCAACGAAUGGGGACAGAAGGUAUUCACCUUGGAAUCCAGGAAGGCUGAGGCUCUGCCUAUAUUAGAUGUAGACAUAAACGAAAGUGAUAUUAGCGGUAACCAAGCAGAGUUUAAAAUAGUAAUAGGCGAGGUCUGCUUCAGAAAAGACUAAUUUCAUUAAAUUGAUAAAUCAAUAUUCAUUCUUUGAAACUUUUGCUUGAAAUCAUGGCAGACGUUCGGUACUUGAAAUCAUGGCAGAUUUCCACACAUUUGGUAUACUAUAAAAAUCAAGCAAUUUGUUGAUGGUGCAAAAAACAAACGUGGGAGUCUCGAAACAACUUAGGAAAUCAUGGCAAUACAUAACAUCUGAAGAACAGUUAAUAACAAGAGCGAAACACGGGACCAUUUUUCUUCGGAAGAAUAUCAAUUAUGAGCAAAUGUGUGUAAACAUGAGCAAAUGUGUGAAUAUGUGAUGAAUUGGUGAUACUUAUUAAAGAACAAGAGAACACUUAAUCGGUUAAUAUCAAGAUAUAUUUACGAAAUUCAAAUUCAUGGCACAUUGGAAUAUAAUAAGGGUAACCAUAGCAACUUGAUAAAACCAUGUUAUAUGUUCUCUUUUUCUGAUAAAGGGAGAUAACCUUAUCACAUCCGUCCAUAUGUAACUAUCACUGUUUCAUCGUCUUUCCUUUCUGUCUAUGCAUAUUUAUAGGGGGAUAUAAUAUGAAUCCUGUUUCACAAACAGGAUAGCUUAUACAAAUGCAUAAAAAUGCAAUUGUGUAAUGUGCUAUAAACAGAUAUGUGUCUACUGUGUUGGUGUAAUAUCUGUUCAUGUUUUGUUUUUUUUUUUAUUCUUUUUCUGGCUGGGGGACUUUACUAGCACUUUUCUACCUCUCAUUAUCUCAUCAUUAUAAUAUUCAUUUUCCAUGCGGCGUCAUUUCAAACACUAAGCAGUAGCUAACGGGGAACAAAAUAAAAUAAAAAACUAAGUUAA